UUUAAAUUUUUGCCAACCGCCAGUAAAACAUCAAGAAAAAGAAAGACAGGCGGUAAAGGAACCGCGGACGGCAGCGUCGAGGUCUGUAGCCUUUAUUCAUGAAAGUGUGUCAGAGCUUCACUCAGAGACAAAAUGGCUUCCAGAUCAGAGGAGGAUCUCUGCUGUCCGGUCUGUAAGGACGUCUUUGUGGAUCCGGUUGUUCUGUCAUGUAGCCACAGCUUCUGUAAGGAAUGUCUGAAGAACUCCUGGAGAGCAAGACCUGGACGUUCAUGUCCUGUUUGUAGGAAAAGAUCUGACAGAGAAGAUCCUCCAGUUAGUCUGACUCUGAAGAGACUCUGUGAAUCAUUCUUACAGCAGAAAAUCCAAAAAGCUUCAGAGGAUCUCUGCUCUCUGCACUCUGAGAAACUCAAACUCUUCUGUCUGAACCAUCAGCAGCCAGUUUGUCUCGUCUGCAGAGAUUCAGAAAAACACUCCAAGCACAGAUUCAGGCCCAUCGAUGAAGCUGCUCAGCAACACAGAGAGAAACUGAAAACAUCUCUGGAGCCUUUAAAGAGGAAACUGGAGAUGAAGAAGGAAGUUAAAGAGGAGUUUGAUCAGACAGCAGAACACCUGAAGGUCCAGGCCCGACACACAGAGAGGCAGAUUGUUGAGCAGUUUAAGAAGCUUCAUCAGUUUCUGACAGAGGAAGAGGAGGCCAGGCUGGCUGCACUGAGGGAGGAAGAGGAGCAGAAGAGAGGGAUGAUGAAGGAGAAGAUGGAGGCUCUGAGCAGAGAGAUAGCAGCUCUUUCAGACACAGUCAGAGCCACAGAGGAGGAGCUGAGAGCUGCAGACGUCUCAUUCCUGCACAACUACAAGGCUGCAGUGGAAAGAGUCCAGCGCUGCCCCCUGCUGGAGGAUCCACAGCUGCCCUCAGGAGCUCUGAUAGACCAGGCCAAACAUCUGGGCAACCUGGCCUUCAACAUCUGGAGCAACAUGAAGGGCAUGGUGACCUACACUCCUCUGGUUCUGGACCCAAACACGGCUGGGUCAAGACUCUUCCUGUCUAAAAAUCUGACGAGUGGGACGUAUGGAGAGAAACGGCAGCUUCCUGAUAAUCCAGAGAGGUUUGGACCAGAGUGGUCCGUCCUCGGUUCUGAGGGUUUUAACUCCGGGAACCACAGCUGGGAUGUUGAUGCGGGAGUCGGUCAGUAUUGGUUGCUGGGUGUGUUAGCAGAGUCUGCCCAGAGGAAGGGGAAGAUACAGUCUGGAUUUUGGGUUAUACAGUUCUAUGGAGGUAAAUAUUCAGCACGGAUUUCAGCUCGUCUCUCAGUUCUCCCAACCCAGAAGAAACUCCAGAGGAUCCGAGUGAAUCUGGAUUGGGACGGAGGAAAACUGUCGUUCACUGAUCUGGAUACUAACACACACAUACACACCUUCACACACACCUUCAGUGAGAAGAUGUUUCCGUGUUUUGUCUGUACCAACGUCAAAAUCCUGCCCAUGGAGAUCUCAGUGAACAAACAGCAGCUCUGUCCAAGUUAAAGCUUCUUGAUGAAAUUUAAACUCUGUGGUUUUAGACAGGAAACUGGAGGUGAUCUGACUCAUCAUGUUUUCAGAUCAGUUUCGUAAGCCAGAAACUGAAUGUGACAUGACGUGCAUGAUGUGAAGCUUAAACUGGCAAAGUCAGUUCAUCUCAUACCAUCACAAAGAAAAGAUUUCAAAAUGCUUUGCAAGAAAUUCAAGGGUAAGCAUCUAAAAUACAUUCAUCAAGAUUUGAUUAAAUAGGGGGCUCAAUAUGUCAAAUGCCUCAGAAUAUAAACAUCUGAGGUGUUCAGGCAGUUUGGUCCAGAUCUGAGCAGAAUAGAGACUAAAAGGUGCCUCACUUUGUUCUGUUCUGGUUCUUGAACGCUGUACAGACAGAUCUCUGGAGACUUAAUUGGUUCAUAUUUGACUAAGAACUCAGAAACGUAUUUGGGACCAUCUACUGCUCCAUGGACCAAUAGCAGAAAUGAUAGUUUCUGUUUUAUCUGAGGAACUUCUGAGCCAUCCAUUCAUUGCUGUGAUGAACAACCUGCCUGUACCAGACUGAGGUGACCUGGAGAAACACAGAGCUGAUGACACUCUGGCACCGUCCUGGAUGUCCGCCGUACCGUAACUAUUAGACAAAAAGGUCUGGUUCGCCCAGAAAUAUGGACAACCCUAACCAUCCUCUGCAGGAUGAGAAAACUGAGGAUCUUCAGUCAGAGGCUUCUUCACAUUUGCUGUAAUACACACUGCUACAAGAGAGCUUUCCUACCAACAUCCUCUACCAUCUCAAUAACUCUUGCAAGAAGAACCUGAAUUAAUGAACUACAACAACAUUUAAUUUCCCUUUGGGAUUAAUAAAGUAUAUAUGAAUUUGAUUUAUUAAACAUUUUUCUUGAUAUAACUGAGGCACAGCUUUCAGUUCAAACCACAUUAGACGGGUCUUCUAGCCAGUCAAACUGAGGGUGGGGAUGGGCCUUGGGUUUUGGGGAAACUGUGAUUCAGAUCCAGCAGUUGCUCCGUGUGUGUUGAUCAGUGUCUGAACGGCACACACGGAGAUAUGUAAACGGGGAGGACACUAAAGAUGUCAAAGAAGAGAUGAAGGGCACAUUUUGCUGGGUUUGGGUGGAGGUGGUGGUUAGUUACGGUAAACCCUUUGGGAGCUCAGGUGGUGUGUGUUUCCAUCCAGAACAUCUUACUUUUUGCUAGGAACAACAG